CUGUCUCUAAUUUACAUGUUUAAAAUGGACUUUUAUCAGUUUAGUAACAUGUUUACAUUCUGGUUUUUUAUUCUCUGUCUGACUUUCAUCGUCUGGACUCCGGUUGAAGGUCAGUUUAAGGUGAUUGGGUCAACUCAGCCAAUCAUCGCUUCUCCAGGUGAUGAUGUCAUCCUGCCAUGUCACCUGGACCCUGAGUUCAAUGUGAAGGGGCUGACGGUGGAGUGGUCGAAGCCCGAUCUGAAGCCUGACCCCUCAGAUCGGCUGAGUCGGGUUGACUACGUCCAUCUUUACCGGGACAGACGUGAAGUCCCCGACAUGAAGAUCCCAGCGUACCUCAGCAGGACGGAGCUGUUCACAGAUGAACUGGAGCGCGGAAACAUUUCACUCAAGAUCAUGAACGUGACGCUGGCAGAUGAAGGGAGAUACAGAUGUUUGGUUCCCAAGUUGAAGAGCAGUGUAAAGUCGGCAAUUGUUGAACUUGUUGUUGAGUCAAACUCUGAUGAAACCUGGACAACAGAGACGCCGCUGCAUCUCCAAACUCCUGAUCCGAAGGAUGAGACGGAUGUAGAAGGUGGUCGUCACAGUCGGAGUGCUCUGAUCUCAGGUGUGGUGGUUUGCUGCAUCUUACUAAUCUUUGGUGGUCUAGUUGGUGGAUAUUUAUUUAAACAAAGGCAUCAAAAACCAAAUCAUCCAAAGUAUGCCAUCGUUUAAAGCAAAUCACCUUCAGUCUAGCUGACUUGCUCCAACGUACUUUACUGGCUGAUGUUAAAGGAGAUGAGAGCGUUAAACUCACCUGGAUCCUUCUGGGGAUUUAAACCGGACACAUGUGGACUCACAGGAUCAGCGUUAGGGGGGUUUCUACAGCAGAUACAAGUUUUCUUUGUUCACAGCUCACCUGAGGCUCCUAGAUGGAUCCUGGCUGGAGGAAUGCUGAUCCCCAAAGUAAAAAAAAGUGAUUUUUAAAAGCACCACCUUACUUAAACUGACUUAAACCUUCCUGAAAACGAUGGACUUAGAUCCACAGCCUGGAUAAGAACUGUGCCAGAACUCUUAAUCCACAUGAUCAGCAGCAGGAUCGCUUUGCAUUGAAAAACUCUGAACAUCUGUGGCAGCACUUUAAACUUUACACCUCGUCCAUCAUUUCCAACUUUAACCUUGUUGGUCGUUGGGCAACCAGAGGCGACCUCAAAGAGACCCACGAAUAAGAAGAGAAAGGUUUGAAUGCUUCAUAAACCUUUUCUUUGACCUUUGGUUCUUAAUGUCCUUCUCUGGAGGAGGACGAUUAUCAGAUUUAUUUUGUAUUGAACAGUCUUUUCAGGGACUUUCUUGCUUGUCAGAGAAAUACGAGUUAAAUAUGUUUUAAAUAUGAACUCACUCGAUGGAAGAAAGUCUUAUUAGCAACAAGCUUGGGAGGGAAAAUCAUCAAACUGCUGUAAAGUACCAAAAGACAUGAUUUAUUUCAAC